AUGUCAAUCCCUCCUCCCGGACUGGGAGGUGGGGUCAACAGGACCGGUCCGCCGCCGGGAUUCGGUGGUGGUAAUGUUGGAGUGACACAUUCGCCAGUCAGCGAUGCCAGCGGAACAGCAUCUAAUGCCGCUAGUACGGGUGCUGGCGCGGGCGGAAGAAGAGAUGGUCAAGGUGGUCCCGCAGUCAUCAUCAGGGCUCAGAUAGUGUUUUUGUUGACUACUUUCACGGAAGAUAACUUUGAUAAAAUGUCUACCGAGAUCAGAACACUCGCAUCAUCCAAUGGACCUGAAAUGUACCAUCACUUCCUCCGAAGAGCUGUUGCCGUUGCAAAUCCCAUCCUCCAAACUCUUAUUCAACAUUCCCAACAAUAUAAGGACGAUCCUGCCGCCCCGCCUCCUCAACUCCCUACAACAGGUCAAGCAGCUUUGGUCUGGCGACUGCUAGUGACAGAAGCCAUCAGAGCCGCUAGAGAUGUUCAAUUAGCGCCGCACUUCUCUUUCAUCAUGUUAUCACCAGCACAGAGCACACCAUUACCGCUACCAUCUCUUAGACUAUUCAAUUUACCUCCGGCAAUGUUAUUCUCCCUCUCAGCAUACACACUCGCAUCGCCGCACGUGUUCCCACCAACUCAUGCAUCCUUCGCAGUCUUCCACGCUAUCUUGUCACAAACAUUUCAACCUACCAUGGAACUGUUACGAUCACCCGGUGUGCCCUUCUGGACUAUGACAGCUAUCCCAGGGAGAGAACCUUUCACAGACGAUUUGACUUUACAAGAAGCUAGAACCUUGAUACUCGCUUUGUUCCCUCGCUCUCAAUCGUCAUCUGGUGGCAACUCUACCUCCAGACCUGCGACUCCGACUAACCCCACUUCACCCCAUUCAUCACCUCUCAACUCGAUGCAACGUCAAACCCUCGUCGGAUCGCUGACUGUCAAAUUCUCUUCUCCCGCUAUCAUCUUACAAACCCUUUCAGCUUUAUCGCCCGGUGGACCCCCAAGAUCACCAGGUGCCAUUCCACUGGAGGAUAUCCUCUUCGAAUUGGGCGAAAACCUCACUCAAGACGAAGGUACGGUAGAAGCGGUUGUGGGUAGAUGGUGGGGUCCUUAUCUCUUAGAAGCAUUGUCGCCUGAAGAGCAACGCAAGCAAGUCACAGAAGAAGCAUGUCAUGUAGUUCAUGGAUUAUGUGAGGGAUUGCGAAUGGGUCGUCAGGUGGAUUUGCACGGCGUCAUCAAGGGAAUGUCAGCGAUACCAUCCAUAUCAUGGCCUGACGUGGUCAAAUCUUUCGACUCGCCUCUGACCCUUGCCGCCUAUCAAACUUCUAUACCCCUUAUCAUCUGUCUGAUUUACGUUCCCCCUCAAGCACCUAUACCUCCUCUCGCUGGAUUAUUGCCUGCUUCUCUGGAUGCUCCGACUUGGGAGAACAUGUCAUCUCUCCUUUCAGUCCUCUCCCUUCUUACGAUUCUACCUCCCGACGCUAUGCCCAUUUUCACGAUGCCUUCUGCGCCUUCCCCUCAAUCAUACGCUCGUAUAGUUAAUCCUCCAACCUCCGACUCACAAUUGAGCAAGACAGCUCGUCAACAGGCCAAUGAUCUUCAGGGUGCUGGUCUUUGGAACACAUUGGGUCUGAUUCAAGUCUUAGUGAAUGCCUGUGGUCUCGCUGAGACGGAUCAUCCCUCAGAAAGAGAGAGAGAAGAAAGAGCCGACAUCGGAAGAAGAGCUACGGAUAUGCUCGAGAGUGCUGCUAAGUUGGCUCCGGAACUCGUAUUACUGGCGUUGGAAAAGCUACCUGUGAGUUUGAACCGUUGCAACAAAGCUGACAAUCAGAAACCUCUUCCUCCCUCUGUGGCCAAUAUGCACACCCGUCUUCUCGCUGUCUACCUUUCCUCAGCAGCAAAUGCGAUGACCUCUUCAGCUCUUGUCUUCCAUCAAAUGUGGCAAGCUAGUCCGGAAGGUCUGCUAUCAGUGUUGUUAGAGUUCUAUGGCGAGGAUGAGAAUAAUCUAGGAAGAAUCGUGGAGAUAGCUACAGAGCUCAAGAUUCUUCAUAAAUUACUUGCCUCUGAGAACCUGCACUUCACCCUCGAUGUCGCUGCUCUCGCUUCAAACAAGGAUCUUCUCGACCUGGAGAAAUGGCUUGCCGAUGGUAUAGAGGUUAAAGGUGAAGACUUCUUAGAAGCGAUCUUUGACUUCGUAGAACACAAGAUCCGUCUCGAACAAGAUCAUCAGCAUGCUCCGGAAUCCGCGCCUCCCCUUCUCUACACUCUCGGCACAAGCGUCUACUCCAUCUUCAUCCGAGUGGUCCGAAAUGCUCCAAAUCUCUCUCGAGAAGAUGUUUCUCGAUUCAAACAUCUCCGUACCGAUAUUCUCAUUCUUCAGCCUCGUCUCCUUAAUCUCAAACCCGGCAGCAAAGCAGAACAAGGUUUCUCAGAAGCCAAAUUCCCUAAAGAAAUUGUCGACAAAGUGGAUGAGAUGUACCAGCAGAUGUAUAGUGGUCAAUUGAAACUGGAUGAUGUGAUCGACGAGCUUAAGCGAUGUCAGAAAUCCGAUGACCCGGUGGACCAAGAUACAUUCGCGCAUGCUCUUCACUCUUUAUUCGACGAAUACAAAUUUGUCAAAUCCUAUCCGCCCAAAGAGCUCACCAUGACCGGUUUACUUUUCGGUGCCAUCAUCGAUUACCGCUUAGUCAAGGAUACUCCUGCCUUCGUUGCGACUCGAUAUGUCCUCGAUGCUUGUAAAACCCCACCUCACGAAGCUCUUUACCAAUUCGGUAUCAAUGCUUUAAGCAUAUUGCGAAACUCUUUGGUGGAUUUCCCUGGUUUAUGUCGAUCCUUACUCGAAAUUCCCGCUCUUCACGAAUCUCAUCCUGUGCUCAUCAACGAUAUUCACCAAGCUUUGGUAGAACGAGAAGAAUUAGACAUGCAAGGUGGAGUCAAGCUUGCCUUCCCUGCUCUCAAAUUGCCCAUUUUGAUCGAAGAAGGAGACGAUGAAUUUAGAGAACCUGAACCAAGGAAGAAGGAUGCUUUCAUGUUUAUCAUCAAUCAAAUCGCUCCUAGCAACUAUGAAGCGAAAGCUCAAGAUUUGGUCGGCAUUUUCGAAAACCAAUAUUCUCGAUGGUUCGCACAUUACUUCAUCGAUGUGCGAGUCAGUCUUGAGAUGAACAGACACGACAUCUACAUGCAGCUCCUUGAAGCUCUUCAUUCACCAGUCUUCGAGAAACAUGUUCUUUGGGAGACAUACCGAAAAGCUCGAGAUUUGCUCAAUUCGGAAGCCACUAUGAACUCAGCAUCGGAAAGAACGACGCUCAAGACUGUUGCCAGCUGGUUAGGAAAGAUCACUCUGGCCAGAAACAAGCCCAUCAAGCUAAGGGAAUUGUCGGUCAAAGAUCUGCUUAUUCAAGGUUUUGACACAAAGCGACUCAUCGUUGCAAUUCCUUUCGUCUGCAACCUUAUUCUUUCUUGUAAAGACUCUAUCGUCUUCCACACCCCCAACCCUUGGCUCAUGGCGAUCCUUCGACUCCUUGCUGAAUUCUACCACUUCGCUGAACUCCGUCUCAACCUCAAGUUCGAAAUCGAAGUAUUGUUUAGCAAACUUGGUGUUGAGUUAGAAUCAAUCGAACCAUCGAACCAGCUUCGACUACAUGUGCCUCCUCCGCCACCUCAAGGAGAAUUGCCGAACCGGCUCGAUCUCGAAUUGCAAAGAGCCACGAGCGAGAUUAUGAAUGGUGGUCAAAGAUUCGCGGAACUUCCUGGUAACGAAGCUUACGCCCGAAUGCAACAGCUUCAAACUGAACAGGCUGCUCAAGCUGCUCAGGACUCUAUCAACAGGCGAGUAGACGAACUGAUCGCUCAACUACCUCAAUACCUCAUCUUUAACCAGGAUUACCCCAUCUUUACCGCUCCUACCCUCAAACGAAUUGUACAUCAUUCCAUCGAUCGAGCCAUCCGGGAAAUUAUUGGUCCUGUCAUUGAGCGAUCUGUCACUAUCGCCGGUAUUUCCUCCCGAGAUCUCAUUCAGAAAGAUUUCGGAAUGGAGGGUGAUGCGGUCAAGAUGCGUUCAGCUGCCCACAUGAUGGUACAGAACUUGGCUGGAAGUUUAGCUUUAGUCACUUGCAAGGAACCGCUCAGAACGAGUAUGAUCGGCAAUAUCAAGCAAAUGUUAGAACAGAACGGUUAUACGGAAGACUCCAUGCCCGAUGCUAUGAUCGCCGGAGUGGUAAACCAGAAUCUAGAUGUCGCUUGUUCAGUUCUCAAGAAAGCAGCUAUGGAGAAAGCCGCUAAAGAUAUCGAUGUCAACCUUGCUCCUCAAUAUGCUGCUAGAAAAGCUCACCAGAACUUGCGAUCUCAAACUCCUUUCUGGGACGGCGCUUCAUUCGGCUUCGCUCUUUCGCACAAUGCUCUCCCUGAUCCCUUGAAGUUGCGACCUGGAGGCCUGACCCCCCAACAGUUCAGAGUCUACGGGGAUUUCGGUGAACCAACUAGAAUGAUCAGUCACCCCACUCCGCCUGCCAAUGGGGAUUACCUUGUGGCUCAAUAUAGGGAUCUCAACUUGAACGAUGGACUGGUCCCUUCCGAUAUCAAGCGUGGUCCUUCACCAAGAGUUUUCAACCAAAACAUCGUUGAAGGACCGGAAUCUGUCGCUUCUCCGCAAGCCAUCCCCCCUCAAACUAGCGUUGACAAGUUCCAUGAACUCGCUUCUGAGAUCGAGAAACUCCUCGCUCAAAGUUCCGCUUCCAACAUCUCUGCUCUCCCAGCUGAACAUGAGAUCAGAAGUUUGAUCCGAGGUGUCGUCAUCAUUGCCAACCAAUCUGCAAACCGAGAUUCGACGACUCUCACUAUCGCACAGAAGGUUGUUCAAUUACUUUACCGAUCUAACGCCCAACUGUCGAGAGAAGUGUACGUAUACUUGCUGCAGCAACUAUGCGAUUUGUCACCUAAAGUCAGUAGAGAGGUCAAACAAUGGUUGGUAUAUGCCGAGGAUCCUCGGAAAUUCAAUGUUCCAGUCACCGUCACUCUCAUCCGAACGCAAUCUAUCUCGGUACACGAGCUCGACGCUGCUUUGGCACAAGUGAUCAUUCGAUCCUAUGCCCAAGAGGUUAUCGAUUUCGUUGCUCAGCUUAUUCGGGAAUGCUCUAUCUCUGAGAAUGCCUUCAUUCCUAGAACUGGGUUCGCCAACAGUUUAGCUGCUUUGCUCAAAUCCCAAGAAGUAGGCCGAGCAACUCCCAUCGCCGAAGCCCUCCUGGAUGAACUCCGAGGUGGUACCAUCAAAUCACCUGCGGUACCUACUCCAGAUGCCAAACCAGGAAUCGAUGGUAAGCUCCAAGAAAGGUUAUCCCAUUACUUCCUCGAAUGGGUUCGAGUCUUCAGCACCAGCAAAAACGCCGAAGUCGCCUUUGUGCCCUACAUCACAUACCUCCAAAAGGAGGGCAUCCUCAACGGUGAAGAUAUCUCAUCAGCCUUCUACCGAACAGCCAUCAACACCGCUGUUGACUUGGAUACUGCUAAACUUCAGCAAGGGCUAUUCUACGGUACGGAUGCUUUAGCGAAGUUGAUUGUACUUAUCGUGAAGAACUACGGUGACAAGAGUGGAACAAGUAGCGUAUCAAGAACGGUAUAUUACUACAACAAGAUCAUCACCAUCAUGUCUUAUUCACUUGUCCAGAAGCAGCUUGAGAUGGGAGAAGCAUUCAAUCAAAGGCCUUGGGCAAGAUUCUUUACCAGCAUGUUGAGUGAACUUCAAUCGAUUGAAUACAACUUGCCUGAAACCUAUCUUGGAUGCUUGAAGCAUUUCGCCAACAACUUGGGUAUCACUCAACCGACUUACGCGCCACGGUUCGCAUUCGGUUGGAUCUCCAUUGUCUCUCAUCGACUAUUCAUGCCUAAAUUACUUCAAACCGCCAGAGAUGAUGGAUGGCCAGAAUAUCAUCGAUGUGUCAUGUGGUUACUCAGAUUCUUGUCGCCAUUUUUGCAAUCGAAUGACCAGAUGUCACCAUCAUCAAGAUCGAUCUUCAAGGCUACUAUCCGAUUGUUGGUCAUUCUCAUGCACGAUUUCCCUGAAUUCUUAGUGGAGUUCUACCAUACUCUCUCUACGGCGAUCCCACCUCAUUGUGUCCAAAUGAGAAACAUCAUUUUGGCUGCUUUCCCAUCCACCGAAGCUCCCUUACCGGACCCAUACAAGAGGUUGGAUCAGUUAGUACCGGAAAUGCAAAGAUUCCCAAUCGUCCGAUCCGACUAUAUCGGCGCUUUGACGGAUGGCAACCUGAAAUCCGCGAUUGACCAAUAUGUCCGAUCGGGUAUACCUGCGUUGCCAUCGAUCGUGAACGAGUUGAAGAAUCGAAUCGCCGUCAAAUCCCUCACUAAUGGGCAUAGCAAUCAAGAUGGUUCUUCAGGUUCGAACGUCACCUGGAACCAUACUUUGCUACAUGCCGCGGUAUUCUACCUUGGUACCACUGCUGUAGCGAGAAGAUAUCAACAGACUGGUGUGGUUGAUUUCGAUGCGAAAGCUCCUGAGGUGGGAGUGUUGACUGGUUUAGCGCAUGCGUUUGAUGCUGAGGGUCAAUACUACAUGCUCAGCGUGAUCGCAGAUCAGCUCCGAUACCCCUCGGCUCACACAUCGUUCUUCAUCCAUUUCAUGCUAUUCCUGUUCGGUACUUCAUCCAGACCGUCAGAGACUCUGCCACCCUCAGCUAUACCCGAACGAAUUGCCAGGAUCUUACUUGAGCGAACUUUAGUCCAACGACCUCAUCCUUGGGGAUUGCUGGUCACGUUUAUCGAGUUGCUUGAUAAUGAAGCGUAUGGAUUCUGGAAACAGCCUUUCGUAAGAGCUGAAGAAGAGGUGUAUAGGUUGUUUGGACAGGUCAGAGGAAGUGUAGUCGCGAGAAGGGAAUUACAGGUUUAA